AUGCACCUUCAAGGAGUAGCAGAUGAGAUCAUGUGUAGGGCCUUCCUUACAACGUUGAAGGGUCCUGUGAGAAUUUGGUUUAGCCUACUGAUGCUUAACUCCAUCAGCACUUUCAAGGAGCUAAGUGCCCAGUUCACUUCGCACUUUAUUGGGGAGGGGGGGCAUAGGUAUAAGAAGUCUACUGCAUGCUUGAUGAGUAUUAGGCAGCGAGAGGAAGAGAUGCUAAGAUCUUACAUAGCCCGCUUUAACAAGGAAGCGCUCUUGAUCGAUGAAGCUGACGACAAAAUACUUGUAGCAACCUUCACAAAUGGGUUGCAGAAGGAUAAGUUUUUGUUUUCUUUAUACAAGAACGACCUAAAAACCAUGUUGGAUGUACUUUACAGGGCCACCAAGUACAUGAAUGCCGAAGACAUGCUGCUGGCUUGA